UGGAGCGGGAGAGAGAGAGGAGGAAAGUGUGUGUGCAGUCGAUGGAAUCAUCUCUCUUCUUGAGGUAGUUGACAAAAAAAUUACCUCUAAAAAAAAGGUCUGCCAUUUUACAUCACUGCUGUAAUUUACAAUUUUUACCUAGACCCACUGUAUAGCGAGUGUCGUUGAUAAACCAGCCGCCAUAACAAUAAGUGUCAGUUGUUUUACGUGGUGAUUUAAACAAAAAAAAUAUUAAAUCGACGUAGCAACAGCCUAAGUCGCACAUUGACGCGACAGCUACAUAAGCAGAAUGAGCUUCCUAUUUGGAAGCCGGUCUUCUAAGACAUUCAAGCCUAAGAAAAAUAUUCCUGAAGGGACACAUCAGUAUGACUUGAUGAAACAUGCUGCUGCGACUCUGGGCUCGGGGAAUCUCAGACUUGCUGUCAUGUUACCUGAGGGAGAAGAUCUGAAUGAGUGGGUGGCAGUUAACACUGUUGAUUUUUUUAAUCAAAUAAAUAUGCUGUACGGUACUAUCACGGAGUUUUGUACUGAAGAAAGCUGCCCGAUAAUGUCGGCAGGACCUAAGUAUGAGUACCAUUGGGCUGAUGGUCACACUGUUAAAAAACCUAUCAAAUGUUCGGCACCCAAGUACAUUGAUUAUUUGAUGACUUGGGUCCAAGAUCAGCUGGACGAUGAAACUCUCUUUCCUUCCAAAAUAGGUGUUCCUUUUCCUAAAAAUUUUCUCUCAAUUGCUAAAACAAUUUUAAAACGACUGUUUCGAGUGUAUGCACACAUAUACCAUCAACAUUUCAGUGAGGUGGUUCAAUUAGGAGAGGAGGCACAUUUAAAUACAUCAUUUAAACAUUUCAUUUUUUUUGUUCAAGAAUUCAAUUUAAUUGAAAGACGAGAGCUAGCGCCGCUGCAAGAGUUAAUUGAAAAAUUAACAGCUAAAGAUGCUCGAUGAAUAAAAUAAGGUGACAAAAUAAAUUUAUUUUUAUUUAAAAUAUAACAAGUGGAACAAUAAAUGUGUAAAACUCCAAAGAAACCAACUGCAUCGUUAUCUCCUGGCUACUUGCGUAUUAUUUGGAUAUUAUUUAACUGGAUUUAAAAUCUUAAAGUUUGCUAAGCAUCGUUUCCGGUAGGUUGUUGAUAUUUAUAUGCUUUUACGCUGCAAUUUAAGUCUAUAAUCAUAUUAGUCUGCAAUGCAGACCUAAAUUUCGUACAGCUUUUAAUCUGAGACGUAUCAUUAAAUAAUAGUAGUUAUUAUUAUUAUUAAAAAUAAUAAGUAACAAAGGAUAAUAAAUUUUUGAGCGUUAGCAUAAUUAUUAAAAAUUCGUUAACGUUAUUCUUGUAAUAUAGUUGUAUGGUUAAAAUGUUUUUAACGUAAUUUAUAAUUACUCUCUAAUUAAUGUAAGAAGGAUACUUCUAUUAUAAUUUAUUACCGUCGUGUGUUUUUUAAAUUUCUUUUUUUAACUUAAGUAUUUUUAUUGUUUUUAUUUUCUAGAUUAUUAAUGUUAGCGGGUUUUAAAAAGAUUAAGGCAUUACGCGUGUCCAGCGAAGAUAUUUAGUUAUUGUUUUAAAUAUUUUUUUUGUUUUUUUUUUUUUUUUUUUU